UUACCGUAAAAUAUGAACGCUUUGCGACGUCGAUGCCACUACCUGCUUUAGCCUCCAUGAAGCCGUAUGGUGCUGCGCGGGCCGUGCCGCUCGAGAGGCGCUGCGCAGGUCAAAGACCUAUGCUUUCAGCAUGACCCUCGAUGUGGUCAACUCUGUGCUGACGCUGGGUGCCAGAAAGAACACUUGGACACAUUGCAAGAGGCUGACGCUGAGCGCCUAGACAGGGCCCUCCAAGCGUGGCAAACGCGGAAGAAGAAGAGUGAGAAGGAUGCUUGCGCCAAAGAAAGCGGAGUUCCAGACCGUUGCGACAUAUUGAUGAAAACGCCUUGUUCCAUGCUGCGCUCAGAUCUGCCUCUGCCACCUGGACUUUUUGAGGUGCCGUGGUACUAUGACAUGAGGUGGCAUCAAAGAGCGAUGUCCGCACAGCUGAUUUCUUCUUGCAGCUUCUUAGCUCAUUCCAGCCUUUGGUCUUGCAUACCCCGCUUGCGACGAUACAGAGAGAUCCAUCCUGAUCAGCGGCCGAUCUUUGCCGCAGAACUGGGUAGGCUUUGUGGGCGAUCGCUGCCGCAUCGUGGAGUUCUUUGUGUUGAGAAGCCAUACCUUCAGGGCUUCGUCGAAGGAUUGGCUGAGACUGUGACUGUGGAGUUUAUUCUGUUGGCUGUCAAUGGUGGAGAUGCACCUCUCACGCUUCACCAGCAGGAGCAAAUAGCUUUACUCCCAGGGCUUCAGGCAUGUUUCGCAAUGAAUCUCCACACGGCCCUUGAUGCCCGGUUUUUUCCACUCCCCAUUGGCUUGCCACACCACUGCGAUGGGCUUCACCGGGGCAACCUCCGUGCUGCGAGCGAUGCAGAAGCUCUGAUAUCACAGUGCAAGGCAGAAGCAAAGCCCUGGCAUUUGCGGGAUGGCCGGCUUUUGGUGACACCUAUGCAGGCUAGCCGCCUCAGAACAAAAUAUGUGGAGCGCCUCUCCUUGCCAGAAUUUAGAGAACUGGUUCGUGUAGUCCCUGACCGGUUGGACUUUGCUUCUUCCAUGCGCGUCCUGGCAGACCAUCAAGCUGUCCUCUCGCCUCCUGGCAAAGGUCAUGAUUGCUAUAGAACGUGGCAAGCUUUGGCUGUCGGGACGGUGCCGCUUGUUGUGCUGGAUCCUCUUUUUGAUGGGCGCCUUUACAUGAACGCCGGCUUGCAGAUUGUUGGGCAACCCGAAGAGUUGACACCGGAGUUGCUUGCAGCUUUGCUGAUGCGCCUGGAGCCUCCAGAUGGUUCACAAGUGGAAGUCACGUAUUGGCUGAAUCAUUGGCAAUCUGUGCAGAAUUGCGGUGACAAAAGCAAGUCGGAUGUCCUGGGGUGAGAACACACCUGCUACGAGCAGCCACAUCUCGGGUCUUGAUUUCAGCUUGAGCUACAGUAUAUGACUGCAUUUAUUUUAGAUUCUUGAAACCUGAGGAUUGUGGUGUGAUGCUCCUCAUGGGGAAGCGCCUGGAAUCUCGCUUGCGCAGUGUA